AUUAGUGUCUAAAAAACAUUUAGAGACUUUGUGUUACGUUCAAUAAAAGUGUGUCGUCUGUAAUUCUGAACGAAGAGAGCUUUCGAAAUGGGCGCCAUCGGCGGCAUUAGAAAUUAUGCACUUUUCGCGGCAUUCUUGCUUUUCGUCGAAAGUGUCCACAGUUUACGAUGCUAUCAAUGCAACAGCACAAGCAAUUCGCAUCCCUUCCAAUGCAACGAAUUUCUUUCGAGCGACAUCGAUAUUGAACCGCAACCUUGCGAUGCUGUUUUCGGGGCGCAGUACUGUGUGAAGCAUAUAGGCAGAUUCGAGGCGACUAGUCUGGAUUGCUACCAAUGCACAUCAGAAGAGGAAAUGAGUUGUGGAGACAGCAAUCUGGUUUUAAGUACCUUACAACCGGCGAACUGCAAUCAUGUAUACGAUGCACAGUAUUGCAUCAAAUCCAUGGGACGAUUUGGAGGUGGAAUAGGUACAAAACGAUCUUGUUCGUCGUUGGAUUUGGGGAACUAUUGCGAUUACGUGAGUCAACAGGGUGACAAGCUGACUUAUCGAACUUGCAUCUACACUUGCACCGGAGACGGAUGCAAUCCGGCGGCCAUCUUUAAACCAACGAUCACGUGGAUGAUACCAGUUGGAUUAUUAGUAGUUUAUAAAUUAUUCUUCGAAAGGUAG